CUACUUUUCACAUUUCUGCAAUUUCAAAUGUGAGUUAAUGAACAAUACGAAGACUGGGAAUCACUUUAGAAGGAAUUUGAGAUGGCAAUGUCAAAACAAGGCAAAAGGAGGAGAGAAGUGACGAGCUACUGUGACUGGAUGUCACAACUACCACCUGAACUUCACAACAGGUCUCUCUUCAUGCUGGCCAUACCAGGUAGCCACGACUCAAUGAGCUAUGACUUGGACAUCAACUCCUCCAUAUUAGAGCCUGCUAGACUGAAAAUAUUAAGCAAGAUUUGUUGUGCCCGUCGAACAGUGAACAGAUGGGCGGUCACUCAGGAGGAGACCAUCGCAAAGCAACUGGAUGCUGGUGUUCGUUACUUUGACAUGAGGAUUGCUCGCAAGCCAAAUGACACCAACCCCACCAGGCUUUUCUUUUAUCAUGGCCUGUACACACGCACUGAUGUGGAGACUGUUCUAAAGGUCAUACACGACUGGGCAGAGAAGCACCCCAAAGAGAUCAUCAUCUUGGCAUUGUCCCAUUUCAAAGAGAUGGAAGAGCGUCUCCACAUCCAUCUUAUCAAAUUCAUCAAGACAUUGUUUGGAACCAGACUCUUCCUUAACAGGGAAGUCCCUACCUUGAAAAUAUGCUGGGACAAAGGCAGAAAUAUCAUAGUUUCAUAUGAUUACCCAGCAAUUCAUCACAUCGAAUUAUGGAGUAAAAUCACAUAUUUCUAUGGCAAUAGUAUGGACCCAACAAAAGUUGAAUCAGUGCUUCGCCAGGCUUUAGAGAAAUCAAGACCUUCUAAUUGUUUUUUUGUAUGUGGCUUGAACUUGACACUACCAGAAGAUGUGAGGAUCCUCAGGUACAUCCUUCGCCUUUGUGACAACCUCAAAAAGGUUAUACAACGGAGUCUGCCAAGGCUGCUGCAGUGGGUGAAAGAGCAAGCAGCCAUAACGCCUGUCAACAUAGUGGCCUCAGACUUGGUGACUCGUGACGACUUUGUCCCAUCCAUUAUCAAGCUCAAUAUUCACAAAUCUUAGAAUGAUUAAUGGAAUUUCUGACCUGUCCUUCUGUCUGUCUUUAAAAUGUUAAAAUGAAUCAAGACAUUGUAACUGUAACUACCUACACACAGUGAUGAAACUAAACUCAUGAUGUUUUCAAACUCAAAGAAAAGGCCUCUAAACCUGCCCCCUGUUGUUACAUCUCAGGGUGAUGUGAUUGAGUCUGUAUCAUCUUAGAAAUACCUUGGAUUCUUAAUUGAUGAUACUCUGUCUUUCAAGCUUCAUAUUCAGCAACUUGUAAAAAAGCUUGAGGUGCGGCUGGGUUUUUACUUCAGAAACAAAUCUUGUUUUUCUUUUGCUGCAAAAAAAACAACUUGUUGCUGCUACUUUCAUGCCCCUGAUUGAUUAUGGUGAUGUUUUAUAUAUACAUGCAUCGUCUCAGUGCCUGAAAUCUUUGGAUAUUGUAUAUCAUGGUGUGUUGAGAUUUAUAACAAAUCUCAGGGGCCUGACUCAUCAUUGCACUCUGUAUGAUCGAGUCGGCUGGCCUGCAUUAUAUUAAGCGUAGACAAACUCAUUGGCAUGUCCUUAUUUAUAAGGCUAUAGGCCUACUUAACCUGCUGCCCUCAUACUUGUGUAACUGUAUUCAUGUGAAAAGUGCUGGAAGACACAAUCUCUGCUCUGCAACCCAGUCACAAAAAUGAUUGCUGUUUUCUGUUCCCAAAGUGCGUCUUGAAAUGGGGAAAAAGGAGUUUCAGGUACGCUGCUCUGGCGGCCUGGAAUCUCCUGCAGGAUGAUCUGUGUCUGGGGGAGCUGGUUUCUUUAAAUCAUUUAAAAAGUAGAUUGAAGGUGUUGGAGGAAGAUGCUUCUGAUUGUAGAUGCUUUGACUGAUGACUUUCUGCUCUGUGACUCAUGACAUGUUAAACUGUGUUUGUAAUAACUCUGUGUUUUAUAUGUCUGUAACUCUUUAUUGUG